AUGAAACAGACCCUAACAGGUGAUUUUGAAACAGUGAGCAAGCAAAUCUCAGAAGAUCUAUGGAGCGACCGAUUUAGCAAAUUCAUCAGAGCUCUCACGGAGACUAGAGCCUUACUGGAUUUGAACGUCGUCAACAAGAUUCAGAGUGCACUGGGGACCGCAUACGCAAAUCUCGUCUCGGCCGCAAUCAUCCUGACUGUUGUGAUAUUCCUCACACCCGUCAUCAUUUUCCUCAUCUCCAGAAUCGUACUCACCAUUCAAAAUUUCGCCUAUGGCCUCUCGUUGAAAACCAAAGAAUUGAGAAAGGAAAAAAAGAAAUCAGACGCGCUGCUCUACCAGAUGCUGCCGAAGUCUGUGGCGCUGCAGUUGAAGUUGUCGAAGAAGGUAGCGGCCGAGUCCUACAACUCUGUGACGAUAUUUUUUAGCGAUAUUGUCGGUUUUACAGCUAUUUCUGCCAAGAGCACUCCCAUGCAAGUCGUAGAAUUUCUAAAUCACCUCUACUACUUCUUUGACACCACCAUUGACAAAUACGAUGUCUACAAGGUAGAAACCAUUGGUGAUGCUUACAUGGUGGCCAGUGGCCUUCCGCAGAGGAAUGGUAAGAGACAUGCAAAUGAGAUAGCCAGUCUGUCGUUGGACCUGCUGGACGGGGUCAACGCAUUUCAGAUCCCCCACAUACCGGACGAGAAGAUGAAAUUGAGAGUCGGUCUCCACACAGGUCCAGUGGUUGCGGGAGUCGUUGGAAGCAAGAUGCCUCGAUACUGCCUGUUUGGCGAAACUGUCAACAUAGCCUCCAAGAUGGAAUCGAAUGGACUGCCCUUGAAGAUCCACAUAAGCAGCGAAUGCAUGAAAGCUCUGACGGAACUUGGCGGUUGGGUCAUUGAAAGGAGAGGUACCAUCACAAUUAAGGUUUUUAUUUUGUUUUAUAUUUUAAUAUCUUCAUUAAAUUGA